CCUCAACUUUUGAAAUCCGCACCACAAUGGCUCUCCUCGUGGACAAGCACCGACCGCGCAACCUCGAAGCUCUAAGCUACCACUCAGAUCUAUCAGAUCGCCUGAGGGCAUUAGCUCAAAGCGGCGAUUUCCCACAUCUCCUCGUAUACGGUCCCUCAGGCGCCGGCAAGAAAACCCGAAUCGUUGCGACUCUGAAGGAACUCUACGGUCCCGGUGUCGAAAAGAUCAAGAUCGACGCCCGAGUCUUCCAGACCACCUCGAAUCGCAAACUCGAAUUCAACAUCGUUGCUUCCGUGUACCACCUCGAAAUCACACCCUCAGAUGUAGGAAACUAUGACAGGGUUGUCGUUCAGGAUCUCCUCAAGGAGGUUGCGCAGACUCAGCAGGUCGACUUGACCGCGAAACAGCGGUUCAAGGUGGUUGUCAUCAAUGAGGCAGACCAUUUGACGCGCGAUGCGCAGGCAGCAUUGAGGCGAACGAUGGAGAAGUACAGCCCGAAUUUGCGAUUGAUACUACUGGCGAACUCGACGAGUAAUAUAAUUGCACCGAUCAGAAGUCGAACGUUGCUUGUUCGGGUGGCGGCGCCGACGGAAGAGGAGAUUUGCGGCGUUUUGAGGUCGGUCGGCAAGAAGGAGGGUUGGAAGGAGGUGGCACCUUUGAACGCCAGAAUCGCGAAGGAGAGUGGUAGGAAUCUAAGGAAGGCUCUGCUGAUGUAUGAGGCUGUUCAUGCACAGAAUGAGGUCGUGACCGAGAAAUCGCACAUUCCCCCGCCCGAUUGGGAGGCUUUGAUAGCUCAAAUCGCAGACGAUAUCAUUGCCGAACGCAGUCCACAGCGCCUCCUACAAGUUCGGGCAAAGCUUUACGACCUUCUUUCACAUUGCAUCGAUUCUACUACCAUUAUCAAAACCCUAACCUGGAAGCUGGUGGAAAAGACAGACGAUCAGCUCAAGCCUGAUGUCAUCAAAUGGGCCGCAUUCUACGAGCACAGGUGCAAACAAGGGAGCAAGGUCAUCUUCCACCUCGAAGCCUUUGUCGCAAAGUAUAUGCGUAUCUUCGAAAGUCAUUUGAUGGGCAUUGACUUCGACUAAGCCGACCGCUUCAAGAUCGAUUUUGAGACUUGUGUUAUGAGCAAAUGGGCGUUAUAGGAGGAUGCAUAUUUGAGCACUGUAAAAAGCAUAUAUGACUACGAGUUUAUUGGGCUUUAGGGCGCAUCUGCGCGCCCGGCCGAAGUAUUGAUUUCGAUCCCAAAACAUAUAUGUUGUGUCAAAAUAUUAGAUCCGGCUGACCUAGUACCGAUUGCGCGCUCUCAUUCACAAUAUUCUUGCGGAUAAGGUUCGACUAAAGACAGCUUAUUCGGCGUGUGAAGGUUAAUCAACCUCAAAUAUGCUACUAAAUUAUGAACUCUAAAUU